AUGACCCUCACCUUUCAGCCUUUCCACAUCCCAGGAGCCCAGACUGUUCAUGGAAACACUUUUCCAUAUGGGCUCCAGGCUAGCCUAGCCGACGGGGCCAGUGACGUGCCCGCUGUCAACGAUGCCGUGAUCGCGAUCACGGCGCUCGCCGAGUCGGGCCGCCUAUCCGAAUUGCUACAGAAGCAUGGCGCUGUUCUGAUCCGCGGGGUCGGCCAUCCAUCGGCGGAGACAUUUGCUCGACUGGUCAACAGUGCAGAAAAAGGCCGUGGUUCCAACCCCUUUAUCCAGAUCGGAUUGGCAGGAAAAAGGACUAUUCUCGCCGAUAAUGUCUGGACCGCAAAUGAAGGGCCCUCCGAUCGCCGCUUCUAUCAGCACAAUGAGUAUUCGCGCUACACACGCUUUCCCUCCAACAUCCAUUUUUACUGCGAGAAGAAAGCGCUUGAAGGGGGCGAAACUCCCGUUGCACACAGCGCAUUGGUCUACGAUAAGCUCCAGGAGGCAGUGCCUGAGCUGGUGCAGGCAGUCCACGAAAAGGGGUUGGCCAUGAAGAUGGCCUUUCGCGCUCCCGGCCACGAGGGCAAGGGGAACGAGUUCAACUGGGCUGGUGUGCAUAGCUUCGGGCAAGAAUUUCAGCCGGGCGAUGACCGGGAUACCCAGAAGGCCAAGGUCGAGGUGCAAGUCCGCAAGCUCACCCCGGCGUUUCGCUGGCUUGAGGACGACGCGCUUGAAUUGACGCAAUACAUUCCAGGUAUUCGAAGAUCCCCAGCAAGUGGGCUGCCAGUCUGGUUCAACGGACUCGUUGGCCGUUAUGGGAUGACGCGCGACCAAGGGGCCUUGGACCCCCCCUACAUCGGUCGCGAUGGAAUGACAUAUCUACCGUGCGACUAUGGAGACGGGACGGUUAUCCCCAAGGAAUAUCUAGAGCGAUUGGAGCGGGUGGUUGAUGAGCUGGAGCUGGACGUCAGCCUGGAGGAGGGCGAUCUCCUCCUGGUAGACAAUUUCCAGGUGUCGCAUGGUCGGAAACCUUGGACAGGCGAACGGAGAAUCCUUGUCAGUAUGUGGGAGGGGGGAAAACCAAUUGAGGCGUUCUAA